UCUUCUCUCCACUUCUUCUCUUCUGCUCGGCUGUGUAUUUCCUCUGUUCUUUCCUCUCUUUACAACACAAAAGGCAUAUCCUAAGAAAAUACAUCAAGAAUUAGUUCUGGGGAUUGAUGGAGAACCAAGAUCCAAACAAGGAGGAAGGAAUACCUAGAUGGAAACCUCAACUUUGGAUGAAGUUCCAUACCGUGGCAGAGGCAUGGGACUUUUGGGAAUAUUAUGGAGGAAGGAUGGGAUUUAGUGUAAGAAGGAGAUACACAAAUACAAGAAAAAUUGAUGGGGUUGUGACUGGAUGCAAAUUCGUUUGUUUCAAAGAGGGUAAAAAAGCGGCUGAUAAAAGGGAUAGUCUAACUAAGAGAGAAAGGGCUGAAAUAAGAACCGGCUGUAUGGUUCGUAUGUCAAUUAGAUUGGACCGUGAAGAUGGAAGUUAUGAAAUUUUUCAGUUGGAUCUUGAACACAAUCACAUGCUUCAGCUGCCAGAAGCACGCCGUUUGCUGCCAUCACAAAGGAAAAUCUCUAAAAUUCAAGCUUUUGAAAUAGAAGUUGCUGAUGAUUCUGGUAUUGCACCCAAAAAUGCUCAUAAGUUUGCUAGUCGGCGGGUUGGUGGACUAGGUAGUCUAAGUUACACACGGCGAGAUCAUAAGAACCAUUUGCGAACAAAGCGUCAAAGAGAGUUGAAGUAUGGUGAAGCAGGUAGUGUGCUAAAGUAUUUUCAAGACAAGGCCAUUGAGAAUCCUUCAUUCCAACAUGUUGUACAGCUAGACUGUGAUGAGCAGAUAACAAAUAUAUUUUGGGCUGAUGCCAAAAUGAUCAUAGAUUAUGCUCAUUUUGGUGAUGUUAUAACCUUCAACUAAUCUUUUGACAAAAUGAUCACAAAAUUCAGCAAAGAAGAACAAAGCAGCUCCAAAUGAACCAGGCUCUAAUCAAUAUGAGUUCAUGGGAAGUUUCACUAAUCUUUUGACAACUCCUAUUAUGGCUGAAGACUUUGGUGAUGAUAUAUUCCGAUUAUGAGCUUGGUAGUAGGUUACUGAACUUGUGUAUCCUUUUGGAUGUUUUCUACAGCUCAAAAAUUCUGAAUUAUAUAUUCUGAAUAUGAGCUUGGUAGUAGGCUAGUGAACUUGUGUCAUCCUUUUGCAUGUUCUUCUACAGCUAAAAUAUUCAGAGUCAUGUUCUGAAUAUGAGCUUCGUAGUAGGCAAGUGAACUUGUGUCAUCUUUUUGUUGUUCAUAUCAAUAUCGUGGAGUUAAUAGAGAUGCAAUUGAUAUCUAAA